GUCUUCUAAAAAUCAGUUUACUUUCCCAAAUAGGGUGUGUUUGAAAUGCAUAUCCUGACCUCAGUCUCACAAACAGUGGGUGGAUCUGAGUAGUUUUAUAUUUUAUAUUCCUCAAAACCCCCAGGAUUCCAUAGAAGCAGCUGUUUGGAGAUGCUCUCUUCCCUUUCUGCCUCUUUUUUUCCCCUCUGGCUAGAAAUGUUCUUCCCAAAGGAGUAUGUUCUUGUCUUGCUCCUGAGACGUAGGGUUUGUCUGUUAACUUGUUUGCAAGGUUAGAAAUAAACAAUUGAUUAUAAGCAUGAGUGAAGGUUCCUAGAUUUGUUGGUAAAGUUCUCUCUUGUGCCGUGUUAAUUUAUUUUCAGGCAAAGCGGCGUGGUUCUUGCUCCCCUUAAUUUUUUUCUCCUUCAAUGUAGGAAAAAUAGUUACUUUGGGGGUGCCAUUCUUUGAAACAAGUAAUGCUUUUGUGUUCUUAUGCAGGGGUUGGAACCAUUGAAACAGAAAUGAGGUUUAGAUGAUAUUUUUCAUAGCAGAGCACAAGCCAAAUCCCAGGAAAACAAUACUAUGACCUGAAUAUGUAUCUAACCAAAAGAUUUCAGCGAUCUCGUUUGAAGCUGUAGCUUAUGGGGUAAAAUUCCAAUGCCUUAAGAAUGUAUAGGACCUUGCAGUUCUUUGUAAUGGGAUUUUGUGUGACCAGGGGUCUGACCCAUCCCCCCCUUGGAGUCCUAGUUUGCUCUGGAAAAUGAGGCUAUUGGACUAGAUCUCCAAAGGCCUUUUCAUCUCAGGCUUUGUUAAGUUGAGUGGCACAACAGAAUAAUGCGGAGUCCAUAAGAAUAAUAGAAUGACCAAGUAUGCUGUGGGGAACUCAGCGGCAGAUCAGCUAAGAUAUUUGGAAGUGAAGGCGGAAGAAAGUGCCAUACUUGGUUGAGACUUCUAGAAGGGGCUGUUUAGUGGCCUUAUUUAUUUGGAAAAUGAGAGACUGAGACUAGGCAGCCCUUCUAGCUCCAGCUGUUGGUGAAUUUAAACCUAUUCUUGCAGGUUUGCAAAAAGUCGAUUCAACUGAAAAUGUCUGUAGGCCGCCUACAUCUUCACUGCCAGAGAGCUGGGCAGGCAGGUGGGACAUAGUCAUUCAGCCAGAGUAAUGCUGGUCAAAAGGGUAACCCUUGAACUCUCAGGAUUUGAUGAUCUAUGGUCUAUACUGUAUAGGUGAUAGGUGGAGAAAUGAGGUGAAUGGGCCCAUUUUUAUCUAGAUAGAUGACUGGCAUAGGGAUCCCCAUAAGGCUGGUGGCAGGGUUGUAUCCUGCUUGUAUAGGCAUCUAGUUGGACGUUGUGUUUGACUUCAUACAGUACUGGAAUGAUUCUCGUAAUACGGAUUGUGGCUGGUCUUUGUUUUCUCAUCGGAGUAUUACCUUGCUGUGGCUUUUUCUUCUGUGGAAUAAUUGUUAGAUUGGUGUGGAUGAAUCAACUUAAUGUUGUAUAUUACAGUUAAGGAUUGGUGGAUGCAAACCAUUUUCAGACAACAAUGAAUGGUCCUCUGACUUGCAUUUGGACAUUUGGACUGUUUUCUUUUGGAAGGCAGAAACAGUGCCAGCCCUUAUCGUGGAGCAUUCAUUUAUAGGGGGCAGAAAUUGGGGACUAAGUGACCCAAGGCCAAACAUUACUCUUCACUCUGCAUUCUUAGGGUCUGGUAUGUUUGUGGGGACCAGUUAGCAGAGGUAUUUGCAGAGAAGCGACCUUGUUUAGCUUUCCAAAGGCUCUAGUCAGUUUAAAUUGUGAUCUGCAUGAAUUGAAUUGUUGGGAUUGAAGACUUUUGAGGAAUAUUUGACUUUUUUUCUUUUUGGACUUGAUACUACUAUCUUAAGCUGUGUCAGUGGUUGAGACUGCUAAAUCCUCAAUGGCUGGCUGGGGAAAGAGGUGGAAAGUUGGUCAUUGGUGCAAAUUCAUACUUUGGCAGACCACGUGGAAGUCUGGAGUGCUUGGCUCUGACGCUGUUUCUUCCAUUAACCUGGUCCAGUGACUUGGGGCUUACUAGUGUUGUGAUUUACCCUCUUAUCCUCAAUUUCUUCUUCUUACCUAUUACCUAUUAUUAGUGGGUUAGAAGAUUUUUUUGGUGCCACGGCUCUGUUGUUCCUGCAUCCAGGCUUGUCCCUACGUUUUGAGAAGAGAAGGCUGGGGAGGCUGCAGGCAUCCUCAUGCCAUUUGGCUUUUAAAGGAGGGAAAAUCUUCAUCAGACCAUAUUUUCCCUUUUUCUUCUUGUCUGCCUCUAAACAACUUCUAGCGUCAAUGAGGAAAACUACUUCACAGCCAAGUCUUAAGUUUUGCAGUAUUCAAUGGUGGUCAUAUGAGUAAAUGAUGUUCUUCUUAGAUGUGUGUCUUGUAUCUAUAGACCUGGAAUUAAGUGCACCUAGAGGCCUUAGUCUGCAGCUAGUUCAGCAUUGACCAAGCUGAGUCUAGAGCAGCCAUCUAGUGUCGGAUCAGAAUCCCACCAUGUUUGGGAACUGUAGCGUAUGUGCCAUGUGGUUCGGAUCAUUCAACCACCCGGGCCAAAAUUUAGUCUUUGAGACUCAGUGGCACCAAGGGCCCAGUGGUUGGGUUCACGGAAAAGUUAUAUUCUUGGAUGGGUUAGAGUUGAACCGUAACCUCUGGGUAAUGGUGUGGAUCGUCAUUGAGACUCUUGUCUAGCUGAAGGAUAGAGCUCACUGCUUGGCUAGCAAGUUCCAUGGAGUUUGUAUUAUUAGAUUCUCUCUGGCUUUAAUAUCUCCAAGCCAAAGGGAAUUUGGGUUAUUCAUUAGCAGAUAAGGGACCUGUAUAUGGUCAUGAAGCCCUUGGCAUUCAGUCAAGAGCAAGAGACUGGCCUAUUCCCCAGAGUUAGUCAAGUCAUCGGGAGCGUUCCAGUCCAUUUUCUUCUAAACUGAAUUAUGUGUCCCAUGCCAGUGGCUGCUUGCCUGAAGUUACAGGAUGGCACGAGCCAGGGGUUCAUUUUGUGGGCUGUUGCAGUUCAUUUUAAGCUCUAUUACUUGGCAGCCUUGUAUGUAGGAGGUAAAUAUUUGUUGAAUGAAUGAAGGAAUAGAGCCUCUGAAGAACACCAGCAGAGUAUUAAUGAGUUCCAGUUGCCUAUUGGUGUGAGUCUCCAGUCCCACUUAGAUGGCAGUGACAAGAAUAUGGAGACUGGAGAUCUUUAGUGAAUUUAGAAAUAUGUUAGCAUGUGUCACUGGGAGGAGUUCUAGACUCAGCUCUACCUUGUCCUACAGUCUGGGACAGGCCACUUGACUGAGCCUUAGUCUGUCCAUCUGCACAAUUAGGGUUGGAGCAGAGGAUUGCCACGGUCUAUUCAACUCAAAAAUUAUGUGAAUUAAUGAAACGGAUUUUCCUGUAAGAGUGAAGCCAUUGAGCAACCAACAUUUAGGGGGUGCCUGUUGUGUGCCAGGUAUUGUGAGGUGGGGUCUUCUUUGGUUUGAAAACUGAAUUAUUGGUGCCUUUCCCCCAAGUAUUUGGAAAUUGGGCUUCCUGGAGCUGAAACCAGCUUUAUUGGCCUUGAUUAGAGCCAUCCUGAGGCCUUGGUUGUCAGAAAGGUUAGGGAAUUCAGAGUUUUCUGUGAACGUCCAUUUGAGAGGUUUGCCUGAUAGGAAACUCUUAAGUUGGUGAACUUGUUAUGGUUGGUAACAUUUUUUAGGUAAGUUUAAUAUUGCCUUGGAAAAGUUUACCCGAAGCUACAUUUUACUGUCACUCAAAUAACCUUUUUAAAUGGUUAGUCCAGGGAGUCUUGGUGGUGGGAAAAAGCCCUUUAAGUUCUCUUAAGUCAGUUCCUGUUGCUGUCCCCAAGGUAAGUCUUACUUUACUCUGCUCUAGCCAGAUGCAAAUACUCUGCCUAAGAGGACUUCAUCUUUGGAGCCACACCUGUACCUAGUCUAAGCUGCUUAGGGCGUAAUAGGCAGGUGUGAAGAUCUUCACCUUGGACGGAGACUUGAAGCCCAGAUUCUCUUUCUUUCCUGAGUAUCCCUAGACAAAUCACCUAAAUAGCCUGUCUCUGCUUCUCCUCCCAUCUAUAAACCGAAGCAGAUCAUCUUGGAAUUAAAUAUCCUUGGUGAUUUUAUAACCCUAGGACCCUUGGAAAUUAGAUCUUUAAAAUCGAAUAGCGUGUUGAUACCCUCUUUUAAAAAUUAGAAGGGUAAAUGCCAAUUCUAGCACUUUUUAUAGGCUAUUUCUGAUUUCCUGGGUCCCUGGUGUGUUACCUGAUGCCCUGGCUGUUAAGCAUUUAUCUGCCUGCUCUGCCCAAAGCCCCCUGCUUGGGAGUGGGCGACAGGGAAUGCGAAGUUUAUUCUUUAACUCAUGAUUGAUGUCUUAUUGCCUUAGUUGGGAUAGACAACAUGAAUUUAGGGUGAGGGACUGUGAUAUCCUCUGCUGUUAUCAUUCCUUUACGUUUGCGUUGUGCUUUUUUACUUUUCAGAAUGUUUUAUUAGCCCACUUGGUCCAUACAAUAUCCUUUUUAUGAGUGGUGAAGGUAGGUUGUAACUGAUCCUAUUUUACAGGUGAGGAAAUUGAUGGCUACAAAGGUUAAGUGGCUUGUGUAGGUGGAGGCAGAGCUGCUCCCUGGGGUGGCUUUACUUGUAUCCAGAUGCUCUUGUGGGCUCCCUGGAGAUUGGUACAUUGUUUAAUUCCCUGGAGAUGUUUAGUACAUCGGAGGUUUACUGAAUUCAAAGCAAAGCAAAUGGGAAUAGAUGAUGCUAGUUGAGAAUUGCUUUUUUUUCCGAACUCAGUUUCUGCUUGGUGUGACAGUCUCCCUCCAACUUUCAAAGGUAUCUAGUGUUAGCACAUUGCCAUGGAAAUCAUGGGAUGAUGUCAUAGAUACUGGGCUGUGACCACACUUGAGAAUUGUGAAAGGGAGGCUAGACUAUCACUCUUUUUCUCUUGAUUAAUGAACCUAGGUAGCAAGGACACAGCAAAACAUGUGAAAGCCCAAAGGUUUAUUUCAAGUUUCUGGUCCUGAAAAUCCUUGAACCAGGUUUAUCAUGGUGGUGACGUGACUUUACCACUUAGACCCUGGGAAUGCCGCGGAGACCUUUCUUAGGAACCUGGCAGAGCCCUCAAAUUAUUUUCUAAAAGAAAAGCUUUAUCUAGUCCCACUAAUUCCUAGUAAAAUUUUUCCUGCAAUGUCAGAGUUUAGGAUUCCAGAGGAACCUAGUUAGGUCUAUUGGUCAAUUGCUAAACGUUUGUGAAAACUAGCCUGUUUUUAAUUUUCGAGGGCUCGUUCCAUUUGGGGCCAUUUUCAACCCUUAGGAUAUAUUCUGAAUAUCCUGAGUUACUGAACACUGAAAAAGCCUCCCUGGGCACUCAGUAAAUUUAGGGUUUGGGCUGCCAAUGACCAUAGCCUUGGCUAGCCAGCUGCCUUCUGUCAGUGGCUCCCAUGCUCUACAGGGAAGAUGGAGAGUUGGAAGAAGGAGAACUUGAGGAUGAUGGGGCUGAAGAGACCCAGGAUAUCUCAGCUGGGCAAGAAAGGAGCCGAAGAGAAAAGGGAGAGAAGCAUCAUAGUGAUUCGGACGAUGAGAAGGCUCACCGGAGAAUGAAACGGAAAAGAAAGAAGGAACGGGAAAAAGAAAAGAGGCGAUCCAAGAAAAAACGGAAAUCCAAGCACAAACGACAUGCAUCUUCAAGUGAUGAUUUCUCCGAUUUCAGUGAUGACUCUGAUUUCAGCCCCAGUGAGAAAAGCCACCGAAAAUACCGAGAUUACAGCCCUCCGUAUUCAUCUUCUCACCAGCAGUAUCCUUCAUCUCAUAAUGCCCCUUUGUCAAAGAAGGGCUACUCAAAAAUGGAGAGCAAGAAUUAUAGCAUGUAUGAUGACUAUGAGAAUGAGCAGUAUGGAGAGUAUGAAGGGGAGGAAGAGGAGGACCUUGGAAAGGAAGAGUAUGAUGACUUCACCAAAGAGUUGAACCAGUAUCGACGAGCUAAGGAAGGCAGCAGCCGAGGACGAGGAGCCAGGGUCCGAGGGAGAGGCUACAGAGGCCGAGGAGGACGUGGGGGACCAAGAGGUAGAGGAAUGGGUCGAGGAAAUCGGGGAAGGGGCCGAGGUUCCAUGGGAGAUCACCCAGAAGAGGAAGAAGACUUCUAUGAAGAAGAAAUGGAAUUUGGAGAGAACGAAGAGCUGAUGGGCGAGGAGGAAUAUGAUGAGUUCUCCAAAGAGCUGAAUCAGUACCGCCGGCCCAAGGAUGGCCGAGGGCGAGGUACGCAGUGGUUCCCAAGAGGUCUAAGUCGAGGCCGAGGCCGAGGUUCGAGAGGCAGAGGCAAAGGCAUGGGGCGAGGGCGAGGACGAGGCGGGAGCAGAGGCGGGAUGAACAAGGGUGGAGGGAUGAACGAUGACGAAGAUUUCUACGAUGAGGACAUGGGAGAUGGAGGCGGUGGCGGCAGCUACCGGAGGAAUGACCAUGACAAGCCCCACCAGCAGUCGGACAAGAAGGGAAAGGUCAUCUGCAAGUACUUUGUGGAAGGCCGAUGCACGUGGGGGGAGCAUUGCAAUUUUAGCCACGAUAUCGAGCUGCCCAAGAAGCGUGAGCUGUGCAAGUUCUAUAUCACAGGCUUCUGUGCCAGAGCAGAGAACUGCCCGUACAUGCAUGGUGAUUUCCCCUGUAAGCUCUUCCACACAACUGGGAACUGUAUCAAUGGUGACGACUGCAUGUUCUCCCAUGACCCCCUCACCGAAGAGACAAGGGAGCUCUUGGACAAGAUGUUGGCAGAUGAUGCAGAAGCUGGUGCAGAAGAUGAGAAGGAAGUGGAGGAGCUGAAAAAACAAGGCAUCAACCCUCUCCCUAAGCCUCCUCCAGGAGUCGGCCUCCUGCCCACCCCGCCACGGCCCCCUGUGCCUCCGGCACCGACGUCUCCCAAUGGCAGGCCUGUGCCUGGAGGCCCCCCUCCUCCACCCCCGCCCCCACCCCCACCUCCGGGCCCCCCCCAGAUGCCUAUGCCCAUGCCAUCGCACGAGCCCCUCUCUCCCCAGCAGCUUCAGCAGCAGCAAGACAUGUAUAACAAGAAGAUCCCAUCACUCUUUGAGAUUGUCGUCCGGCCCACGGGGCAGCUGGCCGAGAAGCUAGGGGUGAGACAUCCUGCUCCACCUCCCCCCAGAUUCCCUGGGCCUGGGGGGCCCCCGGGGCCAAUGGGGCCUGGGCCCAACAUGGGACCCCCUGGGCCCAUGCCAGGACCAAUGCACCCGGACAUGCACCCCGACAUGCACCCGGACAUGCACCCCGACAUGCACCCGGACAUGCAUCCCGACAUGCACCCGGACAUGCAUCCUGACAUGCACCCGGACAUGCAGAUGGGCCCUGGGAUGAAUCCUGGCCCCCCCAUGGGUCCUGGGGGCCCACCAAUGAUGCCCUAUGGUCCUGAAGACUCCCCACAUUCCGGAAUGAUGCCCCCUGUUCCACCAGCCCAGAACUUCUAUGAAAACUUUUACCAGCAACAGGAAGGCAUGGAGAUGGAUCCUGGACUAAUGGGGGAGGCAGCAGAGGACUAUGGACAUUAUGAGGAGAUGGAAGGCGAGGCAGGAGAGCACGUUUUCCCAGAGCAGCCCCUGGAGCCUGAUGGCUUCCUCGAAGCAGGGCCCCCUGGGAGACAGCAGCCCGCCACCAGUGUCCCUGACUUCCUCCCCUCUGCCCAGAGGGCCUUAUACCUGCGCAUCCAGCAGAAGCAGCAGGAAGAAGAAAGGGCAAGGAGGCUAGCUGAGAGCAGCAAGCAGGAGCGAGAGAAUGAGGAAGGUGACACAGGCAACUGGUACUCUAGUGAUGAGGAUGAUGGAGGGAGCAGCGUUACCUCCAUCCUCAAAACCUUGCGCCAGCAGACCUCAAGUCGGCCCCAGGCGCCUGUCGGGGAAUCGAGUGGCAGCAGCUCGGGCUCCCUGCCAGGAGUGGGCGAUCCCCGCCUGCAGAAAGGCCCCUCUGCGGGAGGCAGACCUGCCGAUCCCCGCCUCGCCAGGGACCCGAGACUCUCUCGUCACGCCGAUGCUGCCGGCCCCUCGGGCUCUGGGGAUUCGGGGCCCUCGGACCCCCGGUUGGCCCGUCCCGUUCCCACCUCUAAACCCGAUGGACUCCAUUCAAGUCCAGCAUGUACCAGUGGUGGGAAGGGGUCUGGGCCCCCAGAAGAGGAAGAAGGGGAGAGGGCUCUGAGGGAGAAAGCGGUGACCAUUCCUCUGGAUGCCCUGCCCGGGCCCCCCCUGCGAGAUCCCAGGCUGCAGCUCCAGCAGUUCAGUCAUAUCAAGAAGGACGUGACCCUGAACAAGCCCAGCUUUGCCCGCACUGUGCUUUGGAACCCCGAGGACCUCAUCCCGCUCCCCGUGCCCAAACAGGACUCCGCCACCUCUCUUCCUCCCGCCCUGCAGUCUCUGCCCGCCCUCGAUCCCCGGCUCCACCGGCCCCCCGCCGCCGGGCCCUCCGACCCCCGGCAGCGUGGGGCAGCCCCCUCGGACCCCAACCCUGCUCCCACUGCCUCUGCUGCCAACCUGCCCGAUUUUGAGUUGCUCUCACGAAUCCUCAAGACCGUCAAUGCGUCCAGCCCCUCAGCACCCAGUCCGAGCGAUAAGCCCAGUGACCCCCGGGUGCGGAAAGCCCCCGCCGACCCCCGGCUGCAAAAACCCGGGGACGCCGCCUCGUCCCGUGCCACCAAGCCCAGCGCUCCUGAGGUGGCCGCGCCACCCCCCGCUUCCUCUGGCGAGGCCUCCCCUCCGGCCAUCGCCCCUUAUGACCCGCGGGUCCUGGCGGCGGGGGGGGUCAGCCAAGGUGGCGGGAGCGGCCAGAGCAGCGUGCUCAGCGGCAUCAGCCUCUAUGACCCGAGGACUCCGAACUCUGGCAGCAAAGCGGCCGAGCCAGCCCCCGAAGGGGGCGCUCAGCCCAAGGGUCCUGACGGCAACGGCAAAAGCUCGGCGGCCAAGGCCAAAGAGCCCCCGUUCAUCCGCAAGUCGGCCUUGGAACAGCCGGAAGCGGGCAAGGCAGGCUCGGAGCCCACGGCCACGGACAGGUACAACAGUUAUAAUCGGCCGCGCCCCAAGGCAACCCCGACCCCUGCCACCACCACCGCCCCCUCAGCCACGCCCUCUCAGGAGGGGGCCCCCCAGCCCGGCCUCCACAACCUGCCUGUGCCCACCCUCUUUGGGACCGUGAAGCAGGCAGCCAAGGCUGGCUCUGGGAGCCCUUUCGCUGGCAACAGCCCCUCCCGAGAGAGUGAGCAGGAUGCCGGGUCCCUCAAAGAUGUUUUUAAAGGCUUUGACCCCACUGCAUCCCCCUUCUGCCAGUAGUAUUAAACUGGACCCCGUUCCCCCAUCCCACCCCCAUCCUGUGAUUGUAUUUCAUGGCCACAUUCAGUGUUGGGAAUGUCGGGGGAGGAGGAUCGGGGGUGGGGGGCUCAGGGGGAGCGGGCUGGGGGUUUUUUAUUCUUUGGUUCCUAUAAAUUGUAUAUAAAAAUCUUUGGUUCUGGUCAGUGCUGUAUGACUCACAGGCUAUCUCCAAGAAAAUGUCUUUUUUAAUUGAACAAUCAAAGUCUCCUGCCCAGAUUCCUUAAAAGUGUAUCUCGGGCCCCAUGGUGCCACGGGUCUCUGGGGUGGUUUUGGUCGAGUGGUGCAGCCGUCCCGCCCCGGGUGUGUGUAAAUGCCCGCAGCUCCUCUGGCCGCCGGUGCCGUGUGCUCAGGGCGUGGGCUUCAGGGGGGCACGGCUCUGCCGAGUCAGCUGGAGGGGAGCCCCUGGGCCCAGGCCGGGGAAGGGGAGAGAACUGUUGAGAGAGCCCCCGCGGACCCCGCAUCUGCCCUCUGAUUCUCCCGUUGGGUGCCAGGGAGCGGGGCGGGGGAAGGGCUCCUCUGCGUUCCCUCAGCCCGCUUGUCCAGAGUUCAUCUCGGGAACCCCAGAAGGUUGGCGGUGCAGCGAGCCUCGGCCCAUCCGUUAGUCUUGCUCUGGAGGUAUCGUAGGUCUGCCUGCUCCGCUCCCCGCUGGGCUGGGCCCCCCCACUCCUGGCUAGUGUGGACAGACCGUUCAAGAAAACCCCCCAACUUUUUUCUUUCCAGAAGGUUUUUACUUUGUCAUUCUUCUGUUUCAUGCCUUCUUUUAAUUCCUGAACCAUGAAACUGGCGGGUUUUGGGCUUCAGAGCCAGAGUUCUAAUAGUGGAUCCAUAGACACGGAGAGGAAUCAGAGGGACGAGGGGGAUCCCGCUCUGCUGCCAGGGCUUGCUUGGGCGGGGGGCUCCGUUCUCUUGCCCCUGGGGGCCUGGGGCGGGAGGCUGGCGACAGCCCCCGCUGGAACUAGGAAGGGGAGCGGCUGUGGAGAGGACAGGCCUUCCCAUACGCUCGCUGUGUUUGUGUCCUGUCCGUCCGUCUGUGGCCCGGCCACUGCCAUACAAUGGCCCCACUUCUCUAGGAGAAUUUUAGUUUGAAAACUUGAGAAAAGCUCAGGCACAGUUUUAUUUGGAAGCAGUCCUGGGGGCUCUUUCCCAGGCCCCUCCUCCCGUCCACACUGCCCCCUCCCCAGGAGGCCAAGCAGGCUUUUCCAGGCGGACUCUUUGCAUAUUGUGUUCGGGGCCCUUGGCACAUUCCUCUUGCCCACCUGCCUCCUUUUCCCUCCCCAGCCUGCUGGCUCUUUUAACCAUUUCUGUCUCCAUAAAUAAUGUAGAAACUGCCUCACUUGACUUAUGGAUUCCCCCUCUCCUUGAAGGGGGUGAGGCUGCGGCAGCUUCUCGGAAAAUUUGCUCCCCUCCCCCACUAGUUGGAAGGAUCCCCUUGAGUGAGCCCUCCUGGGCCUGGCCUCCAGCUUGGCACAAGGUGGUGUGGCACCGGGGCCUGGGCAGAUGUGGUCAGGGUUAUUGUGCUGUUGUGGAUCAGGUGUUUGAGGGGGAGGGGAGUUCUUCACACAAUCAGUAGUAAGAUUCCCCCUCCCCCCACCCCGGCCAAGUCCCAUGGCAUUUGUAAAAUAUGCGAGAUACGGUGUUUUUUGUUGGGAUUUUUUUUUGUAAAACAAAAAUGAAUUAAAUAAUUUUUUAAAGGAAAUUUAUUGAGGACCUAGAAACUGGAUAAGAAUCUCACAGAUCUAUAAUUCGCCCAUAUUUUUUCCCAUCAGGCCAGAGCUUUUAAAGAAAAAUCGUUCUCUAACCAAGAUUGUAAUAAAAGUGUAAAUACUAUUUCAGAGUUGACAUGGAUGAUGCAAAUCUGUAUAUACCGCACUGUAUUUUUACAAUGAUGGUCGCAUGGCUCUCCUCUAGUCCACCCCACCCCCUUUUUUGUAUCCCACAUCUGUCUUCCAGGAAAUGUCAUUUGCGCCUUUCUCUUGUGGUCCCUUCAUCUCCAAUAAUUGUAUUACUGCCAUUAAAGGAUGCAGUUAUUUUAAAGUGA